GUGCGACCGAGUGUGCGAGUCUCUUUCGGUGGAAGACAGGCAGCAUCGUGAUAUCGUCCACCUUUCACCACAGUCUGCGCCAUGGAAGAAUCAAGUAGUUGACAUUUCUUGCAACCUUCUCUUUUUAAGCUUUCUUCCGUACGAUCAUUGCGCUCUCGAAGUGAGCCGGCCGAUCCGGGUUUGUCUACGUUCUCAAGAGCUUCUUCGCAGUCCUUGUGUAAAGAUGAAGUACAUUAUCGGAAUUGGCGGGGUGACAAACGGGGGUAAAACUACCCUUACCAACAAACUGAUCAGGAAUUUGCCGAACUGCUGUGUCGUUCAUCAAGAUGACUUCUUCAAGCCCCAAGAUCAGAUUGAAGUUGGUGAAGAUGGCUUUAAGCAGUACGAUGUGAUUACUGCUUUGGACAUGGACGCUAUGAUGAGUACCAUCUAUGCUUGGAUUGAGAAUCCAGUUAAGUUUGAGAGAUCCCAUGGCAUCAACAACACCCUGGAUACGGAGCUGGCCCAGGAGCCUGAGCAGAAGGAUGAGGGCAUUCAUAUCCUUAUUGUGGAGGGCUUCCUGCUUUACACCUACAGGCCUUUGAUCGACAUACUGGACCAACGCUACUUUAUUUCCAUCCCAUACGAAGAAUGCAAAAAGAGGAGGUGCUCAAGGAACUAUGCCGUGCCAGACCCGCCUGGCCUGUUUGAUGGCCACGUGUGGCCGAUGUACAUGAAACACAAGAAGAUCAUGGAGGAGAGCGGGGUUGAUGUUGUGCAGCUAGAUGGAACCAAGUCAAAGGAGCAACUGUAUAAUGCUGUCUAUGGAGAGGUUCAGAACAUCAUCCAGAAGCAGCUUCAGUAAACAAAGAUCAGAUGAUCUGCUGAGGAGGACCAUGCAUUUUAUACACAGGAGGAAAAGCAACUUUACUUUUACUAUGUGCUGAUGUGGCAGCUCAAUUUGUCAGACAUAGUCAGCUAAGAGUUUAAAUGUAACUUAUUUAUCCAAUGGCAUUAUUAUGCUAGCUUAAUUUUAUACCCUCAUUAUUUAUUGCUUUGACACCAACUGACACUAGAUUGAGCAGAAUGGAAAAUUAAGAGGAUGGUUUCAGCUAGAUGCCUUAUCAAUAAAAAUGAACCU